AAUACAAUAAACAUGCGAUGUGCGAUGCUGAUCUUGGUGAUCCUGGCAACUGUCCAGGCCCACCUGUCCUGGUGCGAUCCGGAAUUGUGUCCGGAUAAUACGGUGCACAUAGCCUGCAAUAAUAAUGGGGUAAGACUUCAUGAGACCUGCUCGCCGGAUGCCACCAUGGUGGACAUGAAGCCCUAUCGCUCUUUCAUUCUGGAUGAGCAUAAUAAGCGACGAAACUAUAUUGCCUCUGGUUCACUGCCAGGUUAUUAUCCCACUCGCAUGGCCACCAUGGUAUGGGAUGAGGAACUGGAGUAUCUGGCCACUUUGAACCUAAAGACCUGCUACCUGGAGCAUGAUGACUGUCAUAAUAGCUAUCGAUUCCGUAAUCUGGGUCAGAACCUGUGCGGCGUAGAUCCCAGAAAUUGGCCCUUAAAUGUGACCAAUCUGGUGGAGCAAUCGAUGGGUUUGUGGUUUGGAGAGCAUCGACUGAUCGAUAGCAGCUAUAUAAGUGACUUUAGGCUUACCAGAAAUCAUGAAAAGUAUGGACACUUUGUGGAGACGGUGGUGGACAGGAACACCCAUGUGGGCUGUGCCAUGAUGCGUUUCACCAAUCCGCAGUAUCCCUUCCUGUAUAUCUACAAUACCGCCUGCAACUAUGCCAGUGUCUAUGCCAUUGGUGUGCCAGUUUAUAAUGCCGGUGAACCCGCCUCCCAGUGCCGAACGGGCAGCAAUCCAGACUAUCCCGCUCUCUGUUCCAUCAAGGAACAGUACAAUCCCAACUAUAAUCUAUACUAA